AUGUUCUUGAGAGAGACCAAGGAAACUGAGCAGGACAUACAUAGAAUCUUCAAUCAGAUCAGCGAGAAGAUGAAGCAGAGGAUUACACUGAAGAAGAAGAGUGAUCCUGGUAAAUUUGCAGUGCCAUGUUUGGUCAAGGGCAUUGAGUUUCCAUGUGCGCUUUGUGACAUAGGUUCAUCAGUCAGCAUACUACCCAACGUAAUAGCAGACCAUCUGGGUCUGAAGGUAGAACCUUCAGAGGACUCAUUCACUUUCGUGGAUCAUUCUACAAGGAGCUCAGGAGGAAUCAUCAUAUAUCCUGAGGUGAAGAUUGGCAAUGCCCUAGUUUCAGUCGACUUCCAUGUCUUGGAAAACAAGCAGAACAAGACUCAUUCUCUAAUACUUGGGGGAGCUUUCAUGACCACUGUAGGAGCAGUUUGCAAUAUGCAGACUAAUCAGCUGUGA